GGGGGGGGAUUGAGAGAGGUUGAGAGCGAGAGAGAAAGGGGAGGGAGAUGAACAGAUCAAAAGCCAGGCUGACCAAUAAUCAGAUGGAGACUAGCAGAGACCAAAUAAAGAAAGGAAAAAUUGAUCGAGCCAGGCAUACAGAGAGAACACAGUUUGUGAGGGCAUAGCAAGAGCUAUAAUUAUAGUGCGGGUUUGUGUGUGUGAGAGAGAGAGAGAGUGCGACGGAGAGCGAGCGGCAGGGCGAGCGAGCGCGCAGGAGAGACGUGAGAAAGGAAAGGCAAUAGAGAAGCAGUGCCGAUAUGCGGCGUCGCGUCUGACAUCAGAGCGCCACCGUGCAGAUGUCUCUGUAGGCAACCGCCGCACACUCUCCCCGUUACGACCAAUCAGGUGGAAUCGCCGCAACCCUGGCGCUUAAUUAAGGAGCCCCCGGUGAUCGAUUCAGAGGUGCGAGCUCGCUGCGGUGAAGGCUGCUGCCACUGCUGCCACCGCCGCCGCAGGGAGGAUGCAGCGGCCUCUGCUCGUCGCGGCGCUCCUGCUGCUGCUGGCUGUGUCGUGCGCGACGAAAAGGACGCCUGGAAAAUGCUGGCCCAAGUGCUCCUGCGGGAAAGGCACCGUCAUCUGCAAGUCGGCCGUCGUGCCCCGCAACCUCCCGCUCGAUGCCACCUCCUUAACCUUUGACGAUGCCGAUUUCAAUCAGAUUGCCAACGGGACAUUUUCUCACUUGCCAACCCUUCACGUUCUCCUCCUGGGAUCGUCAAGCUUUUCCAUAAGAGACGACGCAUUCAAAGGCCUCGUCAAACUUCACUACCUCUUCAUAGAGAACAACAUCAUCGACGAGAUUUCCAGGAACGCGUUUCGCGGAUUGAAGACGCUCACCCACCUGUCUCUGGCAAACAACAAGCUGAGGUCGCUUCCACGCGAUGUGUUCAAAGGGUUGGAUGCCAUGACGGACGUCGACCUGCGGGGAAACGCGCUGCACUGCGACUGCAAGAUGAAGUGGCUCGUGUCGUGGCUGCACUCCACCAACGCGUCGGUGCACGACAUCACCUGCGCCUCGCCGCCCGAGUUCGCGGGGCGUAGCACGCGCAGCCUCAGCGCCAGCGACUUCUCCUGCAUCACCACGGAGUUCGUGCUGUGGCAGACCUUGCCCAUGCAGUCCAUGUCUGUGGAGACGUUCCCGUACAAGGGCGAGGUGAACGUGGUCGUGGCUCAGCCCCUGGUGGGGAACUGCACCGUGCUGGAGUGGGACCACGUUGAGAGGGUGUUCCGAGUCUUCGAUAACAUCACCGGACAGUCGAUCAUCAGCUGCAAACCGAUCGUGAUCGAGGGGCAGAUCUUCGUGAUCGUGGCACAGCUGUUCGGAGGCUCGCACAUCUACAAGCGGGAUGAGCACUCCCACCAGUUCAUCAAGAUCCAGGACAUCGACACCAACAAGAUCCGCAAACCCAACGACGUCGAGACGUUUGACAUCAAGGGGGAGCAUUUCGCCGUCAUCGCGGAGAGCUCCAAAGCGGGAGUGACCACCCUGUACAGGUGGAACGGCAACGGAUUCUACUCGCUGCAGUCCUUGCACCACUGGUACCGGGACACGGACGCCGAGUUUGUGGAGAUCGCCGGCAAGCCGAUGCUCAUCCUGGCCAGCAGCUCGCAGGUUCCCGUCAUCUACCAGUGGGACUUCGCGGCCAAGCAGUUCCUCCAGAACCCGCGCUCUGACAUCCCCGAGACGGAGGACGUUAUCGGCGUGAAGAGCUUCAGCAUGGGCGACGAUCUCUACGUCUGCCUGACUCGCUUCAUCGGUGACUCCAAGGUGAUGAAGUGGGACGGCCUCCGCUUCACGGAGGUGCAGGCGCUGCCGUCGCGCGGCUCCAUGGUGCUGCAGCCGCUGAGUGUGGGCCCGCGGCAGUACGCGGUGCUGGGCAGCGACUUCGCCUUCUCGCAGGUCUACCUGUGGGACGCCGAGGCCGGCGCCUUCGCCAAGCUGCAACCGCUCAACGUGCAGGCGCCGCGAGCCUUCACCAUCGUCUCCAUGGACAAGGGCGUCUUCCUGUUCGCCUCCAGCUUCACGGACAGCACCAAGAUCUUCCAGCAUCGCGUCAUCGACCUCAGCCUGUAGUUGGGGCGGGCUGGCGGGCUGGCGGGCGAGUCGAUGUCGGUGGGAUGAAUGGGCGCGGCCGCUGCGGGUGUCGUGGGUUUAGGGACACCUCCAGAAAUGUGUAGUUAGGGCCGUAAGGCGCCCGCUGCGUUUGUGGUCAUGGCCAAGCGAGAAACCCACGCGAUAUUUCACACAUACGGUCAACACAACAACAACAACAACAGCCGCCAUUCGCAACUAAGUGGCGGUGACGUUACCAUUGCGUUUGUGCUCGGCCAGGUGCACCCCGAGGCCACGUGAAGUGUCGAAGGCAACACACACACAGUCAGCACGCACACACACUCACAGUCAGCACACACACACUCAUGCGAGUCGCAUACCCCCAUCAUCUUCCAACGUGUGGCUCCGUCCCUCCCAGGGCUUCCGUCGCAUGGCUCUGCGACGUCGCAGCAGGGUGAUUGCGGAUGUCGGAUUGAGGCGUUUUGCAGUCGUACGUAUUAACAACGCUCUCCAGCUCAGGUUGAAAGUGUUCAUGCAUUAGCUUCGUCCAUCAGUUUUGUCCGUAACGGGGAGACACGGUAACGCCCGUAUCCAAUUUGAACCGACCUGCAGUUUAACGUUGUGUUGCCAUGGCAAACCAGCCAAAGUUAAAUAACAAACAAAAAAAGUUGGUGGACACAAACCAGAGCAAACAGGACCAUUUGCAAAAUAUGUAAACAAAUCUUGCCCUGACAGCCACCGUCAGCUUCCACGCGGCGGCUGCGAUAAACUGCGUCCGAAGACAUGCGUCAGUUGGAAAGCGUUACAGAAUCCACACGUAAGCGUGAUUUCCCCCCCCCCAACUAGGUUUUUACGAGCGACCGUUAGUCUCUGAGCGCCGUAGGAAUAACAUCGCUUCCUCCCUCCAGGCCGGGUGGCUGUACGCUUUAGGCGCUACGGGUGUCAGCGCUGUUGGUUCUUCUACCCCUCGACUGACACCCCGAUGUUUACGCGUCACGAGCGAAAACUGUGAAACGACCUCGCGAUGAAAAGGCCCAAGCGAGUAAUUCACACGGCACCCGUGUCAUCCCGUUGGGGAGGAGCGGCGGUGCCCUGGUUGGCGCAUUGCAUAACAAGUCACGGGAACCCGAGUUCGAUUCCUGGCCACGGCUGACAUCAGUGGCGAGUCCUGGGUGACCUCCGACCCCCCCUGCUACCUACCCUCCCCCUCUUCCCUCCACUUGACCACCAACCUGCUUUGAGCAGCAUGGUGAAGUAUGGUCAAACAGCCCCAUUGACCAAUACAUUGUGUGUGUGUGGGGAGGCCUUCAUCCAUCAGUGGACUGAUAUAAAAAAAUUUCAUCAUUAAUUGGAGUCUUCUCUACGGUUGUUAUUGUUAAAUGUGGGCCUAUGAAUAUUCAUGCCUCAUUAAACCAGUUGCGGGUUUGAUAGGGAUAUUGCGUUGAUAUAAAUUGAUUUGUGGGUAUAAAGUCUGCAUGCCAAUUAUGCCAUUUUACUAAAAAAAAAAUCACGUAGCAUGUUUCAUAAGAAAUAUAUUAUUUUAUACUGGCAUUACAAGCUAAUAGUUGCUUGUGUGUAAUACAAUAAUAGCCUAAUCUACUCUAAGCAAAAUCUACUUAUCACCUUUAAGAAAAAUUGUAACGACAGCAUCACAAUAUAUAAUAUGUACUGUACACAAUGAUUGUUCACUAAUUAAUAACAGUGAAAGAUAACGAUCGGGAUUUGGGAUAUUGUAAAGUAAGAAUGCAGGCUCAGCCCUUUUAUUGAUAAUUGGUGACAUUUCCAUUAUUGCGUGCAUGCGGCCGGACGGAUGACGCUCAGCCGACAAUGACAUAACGCAUACUCGGUUGUAGUUGUCGCGGAUUUAGUGUUAUGCUCUCUCGCAAUAUACAGGGGCGUGUGUGCUAAUAAUGCUUCUCAUUUGGGAGUUCAGAGGCAUCUUCACUUGAACCCGGUGGUUGAGAUGCUGUGGAUGCAAGAUUCCUUGAAACGUAUAGGAUGUCCUGGCUGCCAAGGCAUGGCGACAUAGCACGUUUGCCGGUGUCAGACUGUCGGCAGAGAACACAGGGGCAUAAUAUAGGUUUGUUUUUGGGUUAGAUCGCGUAAAUGUGUCGUUAAACCCGCCAAUUAGUAAUGUUUGUCACAACAACAGAACGUGCCUGGCUGCCGCCUAAUGAUGCCGGUUGUAAUUACUGGCGAAACGUCGGACUCAGAUGAUAAAUGUUGUGUAUUUGCUCUCCAACACACCGGUGUGCUGUACUAGUAACGAAUUGGCAUGUUCUAUUUACGUGACAGACCUGAAUAAUUGGCUGUGUCGGAUGGAGGCGGGUUUAAAGACGCAUUUAUAUUUACGGUAUCUAACCCAAAGAACCUCUAUUAUGGAUGAUAUUUGUCGCAAAAGCCUUCUGCGUGCUAAACACAGGAGGAGCAGAAUGAACGCUGGAGGUGUGUGCCUCACUCUUUUCACUUUAUCACUCGAGUGUGGUAACAUACCCGCAGUCCGAGUGUAACGCUGCAUUGAUCCGGCGAUUAAACUGGAUUAAACUGGAUUAUAUUGCUCACGAUACACGUA